AUGAAAAAUGAAGACAACUGCAUUGAAAUUGGCUACUAUACGCACCAAAAGUCGCUGGGUGAGGGAGGCUUUGGCAAGGUGAAGCUGGCAACUCAUCUAAAAACCAAUCAAAAGGUGGCCAUCAAGAUGAUGAACAAGGAGAAGCUUGGUAAAGAUCUUCAGCGGGUACGCAUUGAGAUUGAGGCUCUCAAAGUACUUCAGCAUGACAACAUAGCCAAGCUGCUUCAAGUAAUCGAGACCAAAACUGAUAUAUACCUGAUUCUAGAGUAUUGUAGCGGCGGAGAGCUGUUUGACUAUUUGAUCUCCAAGAAACGCCUCACGGAAAGUGAAGUUCGCGUCAUAAUGAGAGAUUUGUUUGGCGUGCUGAUGUUUAUUCACGACAAAGGGUUCGCCCAUCGUGAUUUGAAGCCAGAGAAUAUUCUGUUUGAUGGAAAGCACACUAUUAAGCUAAUUGACUUUGGUUUGGCUGCAAAUUCUUCGGAAAACAAGUCAGCCCUUGCUUUUCUCUCGACCUGUUGCGGCAGUCCUGCCUACGCAGCACCGGAGCUACUUCGAGGUAAUACUUACUCAGGUCCUGCCGUAGAUGUUUGGAGUGCUGGGGUGUUGCUCUACUCACUUCUGGUUGGGCAAUUACCUUUUGACGAUGAAAAUAUUCAAAACCUUUACAAAAAAAUUCAGAUUGGAAAAUAUAUAUUGCCUACUUGGCUAACUUCUGAUGUUCGUGACCUCAUCACUUCAAUGCUCAAAACUAAUCCAGCUGAAAGAAUUUCGGUGUCAAAAGUGUUGGACCACAAGUGGAUUAAGCAUGGUUGCAUUAAUGCACCUAAUCUGCUGGCUAAAUCACUCAUCCCAGCCGCUGAGUUUGACGACGAAGCUUUGCAGUGCUGUCGUUACAUAUUUCCUGAACUAACUGAAGAGCAAUUACGAAACAAAAUCAAGUCUUUCGGGUACCACACGGCUUCUUACUUGUUGCUGCGAAACAAUGAUAGCGGCAAAAAGUUUGUCAAAGAAUCGUAUCAACGCAGCUCAGCUAAUCAACAGCCUCAAUCGUUCAACGGUGCCAACUCGCCUCGAGUGAAUGCGAUCAAACGAAAAUUGGGAUUGGAAAUCGAAGCCAGUAGCUUGAUUACACCAGUCAAGAAGGUCAAGGAACAAGCACCCACUUUUGUAGGCACUCCUUACCCGAAUUUGGCCAAUACAAAUGUAGCCCCAAAACCGAAUGCAGCAUCUAAAGCAGUUUAUCGUCCAAAGUUGAUGGUUGCCAUUCGCGAUCCAAGCUCCUCACCACGCACACCGGUGACUCCUCGACUGAACGACAAAGUAGCUCGGCGAAUCGUUUCACCAAAGAUGAAAACUAACGAAAAUCAUUUCGAAAACAAGAUUGAAAACUCGCCCGCUAACUCGCCUGCUGUGUGCAUUAAAAGUCCAUUGCGUGAAAUUAACAACCAUAACGUUCUUUCUUCUCCUAUUCCGCCACCGCCAAAAACGCCGGUCAACAUGAACAAGAAGCCUCUCUUUAAAAAGUCCACUUCAAAGAAAUCCUUGCUUAAACGUAUAAUGGCAUCUGCCACGCCUGCCAAGUCGAACGUCCCGCGUAAAUUAAACGUCGCAACACACUCCAAUAACAUAACAAUGACUUCAUUUCAAGAGCCUCAGGAGUGCAUUGAUCGCCUCGUCGACAAGUUAACCACAAAGGGAGUGCAAUGCAAACAGAAAGAGUAUGGAACAGUGUUCACGCCGUCUCCUAAGUCAUCCAUGUUCAAAAGGCUAACUUUUGUGGUGCGCAAAAACUUCACACCUUGA